AUGCACGAUGGUGAUGACGCAAACCAGUCCCGCCAGGACGAGAACUACCAAGCGUUCCGCGAUUGUGUCUUCUCCGCCAUAAUCGAGAAGCUCAGCACCCCAAAAGUCACCAAGAAGAAGUCCACCGCCAAAAUCAGGCGGAAGUCCGCCUCCUCAUCGGCUAAAGCCACCCAAGAUGACCAGCCCAACGCCACCACAGCCACCAACACCGCCAGCAGUAUUCCCACAGACGAUCCAGCAGACCUGGCUGACUUCGCAGAGUACCUCGCCAGCGAGAUCUUCACCUCGCUUCCAUCGUGUCUGCGAAACCUCGACCACACUACCGCUCUUCCGGACCACUUCGCCCUUCCGCUGACAACCCACCAAAUCGAAGCCCACAUCAGCCCCCAUCUUCCGCCUUCCACGGCCCAGAACCUCUCCGCCUACGGCCUCGUCCAACCACCAGCCACCGACACCACAACCUUCCUGCACCCAAUCCUCACUGCCUACACUUCCACGGUCACGACUCCACCCCCGCCACCCUCCCAAACCCGCCCAGAGACAAACGAAUGCGAGCUCUGCGCACGUACCCACCUCCCACUAACCUACCACCACCUCAUUCCACGCUCUGUCCACGCCAAAGCGCUAAAACGGGGGUGGCAUGACGAGGCGGCGCUGAAUAGCGUGGCGUGGCUAUGUAGGGCGUGUCAUAGCUGGGUGCAUCGGACGAUCGGGAACGAGGAGCUCGCGAAGGAAUGGUUUACUGUUGAGAGGCUGCAAAGCAGGGAGGAUUGUGAGAGGUGGGUGAAGUGGGUUGGGGGAGUUAGGUGGAAGAAGCGGUAG